UAUUCAUGAACUACAUGAGCUCUCGUGCUUUUUAAACUUAAACGCCUUGGCGCGACUCGUGUUGCACGCAUUAUGAAGCAGCAGUGAGGGAUCGAGAAGACUCGAACCUGGGUUUAGCAAGACUUUUUCCAGAAUGACGUCUAUAUGUCCAAGAUGCGACAAGCCUGUGUUUUUUGCGGAAAAAGUGAGUUCCCUGGGGAAAAACUGGCAUCGCUUCUGUCUGAAAUGUGAGCGCUGUGGUAAGAUUCUGUCUGCUGGUGGCCAUGCAGAGCAUGAUGGAUUACCAUACUGUCACAAACCUUGCUAUGGGACCCUCUUUGGACCAAAAGGUGUAAAUAUAGGAGGGGCGGGGUCUUAUAUUUAUGAGACGCCUCCGCCGACACCUGUCAACAAAUCAUGUGAGAGCCCUUCAGAUGGAUCGCCCACUACACCAUGGACCAACUCGCAGAUCACCUAUCAUCAACCUAAAGCUCCUUCUGCUCCUACACGUAUGUUUGCUGGAGAGACGUGUCUGUGUCCCGGCUGUGGAAAGGCAGUGUAUUUCGCUGAGAAGGUGAUGUCAUUAGGUCGUAACUGGCACAGGCCUUGCCUACGCUGUGUGAGGUGCAAGAAAACACUGACGCCUGGUGGCCAUGCAGAGCAUGAGGGCAGUCCAUAUUGCCAUGUGCCCUGCUACGGGUACCUUUUUGGACCAAAAGGCGUGAACAUUGGAAAGGUGGGCUGUUACAUUUACGGAGAAAAUGAAAUGCCAAGCGAACAUUAAGUGAAA